GCGGGGCUACCCCUCCUUCGGGUCACGCGCGACCGGAAGUGGUGGUCGCUCCGUUGAAUCUGAGAUGGGGACUUCCCUGGACAUCAAGAUUAAAAGAGCGAAUAAAGUUUAUCACGCCGGGGAAAUGCUCUCAGGCGUGGUGGUCGUCUCUAGUAAGGAUUCCGUCCAGCACCAGGGAGUGUCUUUGACCAUGGAAGGAACCGUGAACCUCCAGCUCAGUGCCAAAAGUGUGGGAGUGUUCGAAGCAUUUUACAAUUCUGUUAAGCCGAUCCAGAUUAUCAACAGCACCAUAGAAAUGGUGAAGCCAGGAAAGUUUCCCAGUGGCAAAACAGAAAUUCCUUUUGAAUUUCCUCUCUACGUGAAGGGUAACAAAGUCCUGCACGAGACCUACCAUGGUGUGUUUGUCAACAUUCAGUACACGCUGCGCUGUGACAUGAGGCGGUCUCUGCUGGCCAAAGACUUGACAAAGACCUGUGAAUUCAUUGUUCACUCUGCUCCUCAGAAGGGGACAUUGACUCCAAGCCCUGUGGACUUCACCAUCACCCCAGAAACUUUACAGAACGUCAAAGAGAGAGCUUUGCUCCCCAAAUUCCUCAUUAGAGGACAUCUCAACUCAACCAACUGUGUUAUCACACAGCCACUGACAGGAGAGCUGGUAGUGGAGCACUCGGACGCUGCCAUCCGCAGCAUAGAGCUGCAGCUGGUCCGCGUGGAGACCUGUGGGUGUGCAGAAGGCUAUGCACGUGAUGCCACAGAGAUCCAGAACAUUCAGAUUGCCGAUGGGGACGUCUGCAGGGGCCUCUCUGUCCCUAUACACAUGGUAUUUCCCAGGCUCUUCACCUGCCCCACGCUGGAGACCACCAACUUCAAAGUGGAGUUCGAGGUGAACAUCGUGGUGCUGCUUCACGCCGACCACCUCAUCACAGAGAACUUCCCGCUGAAGCUCUGCCGGACGUAGCCAGAGGCGGGAAAGUGGAGUGGCCAGGUGGUAGGCCAGCUCCUCCCCUGACUCGGGCCGGAGCCACGCUGGCAGCACACGUGUCUUGUGAUCUGCCUUGGAAACGAAUCUGGCUCCUCGAGGGCCCCCCUUCUCCCCGGUUUCCUGGGCCCUCCGCUCACGCAGGUGCUGCUCGCAGGCCCUCUGGACGCCCAGGCUCGCCUCAUGGAAGAUGCUCCAGGAGAACACCCGGCUCCCGUUCCUGUUCCUUUCAGUUUCAGUAAAGCACUGUGCCUGCAGUUUGGGCUUUGCUGGAAGGUGAGGUCACGCGCACAGAGGGAGCCCCUAACUUGCUAGCGGACAGACAUAGCGAGGGGCUCCUGGCAGUAAAGGGUCAGCAGCCAGGUAACAUCCAGAACAGCCACUAGCAUGCUCGUUGCUUAUGAGUUUGUGGACCCCUCCCAGGAGGAUGUCCCACCUGAGUCUGUAGUUCUUUGUAACAUUUCUCCAUAAACUCCAAAAGCUUUAGGGAACUGGGAAAAUCACUCUUGCUCUCAGGAUUGGGAGGACCUGGUAGCGCUGGUUGGGGCUGGGGUCCAGGACUGGCACGAAUCCCCUGCUGCCACAUUCCCGGAACAAGAUACAAGGCUGUGGGAGGCAAAUGCAGGUGAGCUGCUCUUGUUACAGGGCAGGUUCUGAGUGGCAAGAGACCGUGCCCGGGGCAGUGGAGGCCCCACCAUGGGGUAGUGCCAGGAGGACACCCUUGAGCUGAUGGACUUGGCCUGCCCUAACCCACCCGAGGGCCCUGUGCUUUCAGCCAAGUGUUUUGACAUGCAGCCAGUUUUUGCCUCAGCCUUGAAUUAUGGUUCACUGUUUUUGGCGAGUCUGUUGCAAUAAAUUUCUUCCUUCAAACCCUGCCAUUGUUUGUUGGCCCACAAUUAGCAAGACCUCAGAAAUAAGCCAUGCCGCUGUGCAACUGGGGCCUUCCUUGGUGGGCCCUCCUGAAGGCGUGGGGGUGCUGCACUCCCACUGUCCCCUAUGUGUUUGGCGCAAAGCCAGGCCCUGCCCACGACAGCCAACACCUGAGUUCUGUUAUGUCGACUACGAUAGAGAUGGGAGGUCCAGCGUAGAAGGAAUGGCAGCCUGGCCUGGCCGAGGCCCCGCCCUGUCCUAGGACUUUACAGUGAAACUGGCGGGAUUUAUCCGAGUUACUGAAAGUAGGUUCCCAGAGAACACAUUUCUGCUCUGUAAAUCUUUUAUAUGCACAUGAACUAAAGAUUAUCUGUCCUUGAUGAUACGUUUAAACUGAGUAGCUGGAAAUAAAGAGCCUUUACUUUCUGCCAUAUUUCUAAGGAAUAAAUCAUUUUUAAUAAAAAAGCUAAAAGACAAUUUUAA